CCUUGUACCGGGGAGUGGCGCUGUGACCCUAAGAAGGUUACAGGCAUGCUUACUGCUACCCGGUACACUGUGUGUCCAGCCAGAGAAUUGUCUUAUUAAUAGGAAUAACAACGUGUAGUUUGUGUUUUCCUCAUGGAGUCUAACCAAGAGGAAGAACCUUAUCUGCGGCAUGUAGAAAAAGAUGUGCUUAUUCCCAAGAUUGUGAGGGAGAAGGCGAGGGUUCUGUGUUCUGAAAAAGUAGAAGCUUUCACAAAGUGUUGUCAAGAAAGUGGUUUUCUGAUGGUGGUGAAAUGCCGAGAAGAAAAUGCAGCUCUGAAAGAGUGUCUUACGAAAUACUACAGAGAUGCUGCUCUCUUUGAAGAAUGUAAACAGGAAUAUUUAAAAGAAAGAGAAGAAUACAGAAGAACAGGAAUUCCUUCUAAAAAAAGGGAACAAAAAUUGCCGACCAGCAUGUGACAUUAGUUUUUGUUUUUUGAAUAAAAGAUUUUUUU